AGCGCAAUGGAAUCAAGGUGGGACAGGAUGCCUCUGGGAAUAACAAAGUAAAUAAAUACAUUUAAAAAUUACAAAGACGUGGAAAAAAGGCACUACGUCCACCAUAAACACGCGGACGCGGACCAAUAGGAAAGCUCCCGGCCCGGCCAGCGCAGCCAAUCCUCUUACUCAGAAGGACUUCAAUUGACCAGCGGAGUUAAGCGCUCAGUCCAGCGCAAAUCGUAAGUCACAUUAGUAGACCAUCCAGGCUCUGAGACCGUUUAAAGACAUUUUAAGUUGCACCACUUGGAGCGACUGGGACUUCAGGCCAGAUGGAAAAAUCCAAAAAUUUCCGCAUAGACGCGCUCCUGGCUGUCGACCCUCCAAAAGUACAGACUUCUCCCCUGGCGCUGGUUACCUCUCUGUCCUCCUCUUCCCUUUCAUCGUCCGGAAGUGUAAACGCUUCUGAGCUGAACACCAGCACCGAUUCCUUAAGGACUGAGAGCCCAUCGCCGCCAAGGAUUUCCUCUUGCGGCCUGAUUCCCAAACCGGGCUUCUUGAAUAACCCCCACUCCAGUAUGGUUGGAUUACAUCCUCAAAGUACCGCGGGCAUUCCGCCUCAGGCUUUCUACGGCCACCCAAUGUAUACGUAUUCUGCGGCUGCCCUUGGUCAGCAUCCGGCCCUUUCCUAUUCCUACCAGCACGGGUCCCAUCACCACCACCCCAACGAGUCCGUCAAACUCACCGCAGGAACGUUUCAACUGGACCACUGGCUGCGCGUCUCCACAGCAGGAAUGAUGCUUCCGAAAAUGUCGGAUUUCAACUCUCAAGCGCAGUCUAACUUACUGGGCAAGUGCAGAAGACCAAGGACCGCGUUCACCAGCCAGCAGCUCUUGGAACUGGAGCAUCAGUUUAAGUUAAAUAAGUACCUCUCCCGGCCCAAAAGGUUCGAGGUGGCCACGUCAUUAAUGCUCACUGAAACCCAGGUAAAAAUAUGGUUUCAGAACAGGCGGAUGAAAUGGAAGCGCAGCAAGAAGGCGAAGGAGCAAGCGGCCCAGGACGCCGAGAAACCCAGGAACGGCAAAAACGCGCAGGACAAGUCCGACGGCUCGGAGAGGACGGACUGCCAGCGGUCGGACCCCGUGAAAAACAACAGAACAAGAGGCAUCAGGGACAGUGACGAGGAAGAAGCGGAUGAUAAUUACCUGUACAACUCGUCGGAUUGCUCCUCGGAGGACGAGAGAAGUCACACUGGGCGGAUUAGUCCGCAGCAGUAAGAUGAUUAGGCCUACGGCGGUAACAUUUAUUUUCUUUUUAUUGAAUAUUUUAAACGGUCUGUCUAAUUUUACGAGAAACGUGCAUGUAUUCAUUACCUGCAAUUGAAAGUUAAAAUUACAAAUCUAAUCACUAAAAAUAUAAAAUAAUUUCCAUCGACGGCUGAUGUGAAGCUGAUACAGAAAAAUAAAAAUCUGAUUUAUUUGCAUUAACAAUGACACUUAGUCUCACGUUGAGAAAUUACCGGUCGAAUCUGUUACAAUGCAUGUUUUUUUCUCCCUUAGAAAUGUUGUUUAAUCAGUCUUAAAAAUUCAAUUUCAUUCCCUCGCACCUCACGGCUACUUAAGUGUGAGCAAUUUUUAUAGGCCUACUUAAUUAAAUAUCCCAAUUGUUCAUCUUUGAUAACCACUGCGUUUUUAAUUUUUAUUUUUUAAACUGUGUGUGGUUGUACAUCUGUAACUGUCAAAGACCGUUUACGUGAAGAAGAAAAGUAACGUCUUUAUUUUUGUAUACGGUAUUUAUAGAAAUGGCUCUAAAAUUGCAUGCUAAAUUUUUGUUUAGCGUUUCUCAUGGUGCAAAUAACAUUAAAUAAAAUUGUUUU